AAUUAGCCUGAUGAAGGAAGUAACAUAUAUGGUAAAAUCACAUUCCAGCAUUUCCUGUUUAAACCAUAUAUAAGGUCAGUUUUUGUAGGUAACUAUCCACAGAAAUUCUUCACUCACUUUACUUCCUGUGCAGGCACUAACAUCUAAGUGGUACCAUGGAAGACAUUAACAAGCUCCAACUGAAUUUCAAACAUGCAGUGCUCCCCCAUUUAAAGGAAGGCCUCACUGCGCUUGACACACUCACUAGCAAGAUACUCACUGUUGAUCCUAACAAUGCACAGAGUUGUCAUGACAGCAUAAGGACCCAAAUAAUCGAGGUGCUCAAACAUGUCAGCCUUGCUGAAGAAAGUGGUAAGAAAGAGGUAGCAGUUAUUGAUGAUAAGUGUAUCAAGUUAAACAUCCAAAGCAGCAACUUGAAGGAAGAACAAAGGGUAAAGGAAACAGAGUUAACAAGUCAUCAGAAUAUGCUGCAGCACUGGAGAAGGAUGGAAGAGGAAAGUCAGCGCAAACUAAGAGAUGACGAGCAUCAACUUCAUCAAAUGCAAGCAAGAGCUGAAGAAAACAAAAAGAAAAGAGAUGCUGGCAUUGGCAUAAUGUUUAUUCCAAUUAUUGGUCCCAUCAUUGGGAGUGUAAUGCUUGCUGAAUCUGUACCUGGCCUUGCAGAAGCUGAACGAAGAGUGAAUGAGCUUACAGGAAGCAUCAAUCAUUACAGGAAUGAGGCUCAGCGUUUUUCAAAUGAAAUACAUCGAGUAGAGAAUGAAAUUCGCAAUGUGUCUCACAGGUCAGCAGAAAUACAGAGCACACUUGCACAACUGAAUAAAUUGAAAAUAGAUAUGGCAGACAUUCAAAAGAAGAUGAGGUCGUGCACUGAAUUUGUAGGCAUUCUGUCUGGGAGAGUCACGGUGGUGGAAGUGCAGACAAGGAAAAUUUUUGUUUUUGAGCCAUUACUUUGCAAUAUGGAACAGAUAGUAAAUCAUCUGUUCCAAGUAUCAUCAAAAGAGGAUAACACUUAUCUGAAUGAAAAUGAAAUCAGGAAGAUCAUUGAGAACCUUAAAGUUACCAAUGAGAAGAUAAAACAAAUCAUUGUUGAGGCAGAUGAUGGAAAAUCACAGUUCAUUUGAGUCUUGUUAAAAAUAUAUAGCAAUGCAUUCACUUAAUUGCAUAAAAUAAGUAGUCUAAAAUAAAAUUAAGAUCACCUAAACUGCUGUUAGCAUUUACAUAACUGAAAACAGAAUGCAUGUACUGAAUAUACUGUUUCUUUGGUGACACAAUCAUUUUGAGCUUUAAGUAAUGCAAAUUUGGUUGCUAGCUUAAUGAAACUUAAAAAUCUAUAAGCCAUAUAUUCAGUGAAUUACAUAACUAAGUAUUUUAGAAAAAAAUAAAAACAUAUUAAAUGCAGUUAGCAUUUACAACUGAAAACAAAAAUAAGUACAUUUAAUUUCUUAAAGCUUACAACUUCAUGGAUGACCCAAUCUUUACAGGCAUGCAACAAUGCAAAUUUUGUUGUUAGCCUAAUAAAACAUAUAUUUGGUGA